CAACGCCAGCAGCAGCAGCAUUGUCAGCAGCAGCGUCAGCAGCAGCCGCAGCAACAACAGCAGCAGCAGCCGCAGCAGCAGCUUUGGACAACGGUGGUAAGAGGCCGCCCGUCCCAGCGGCAUCGUCAACCGCAGCAGCAGCAGCAGCAGCAACAGCAGCAAGGUGAACGCUUUGUUCCACCACAGCUCCGGCAGCAGCGACAGCAGCAGCAGCGCCCGCAGCAGCAGCAGCAGCAGCAGCCGCACCAGCAACAGCAACAGCGUCCGCAGCAACAGCGUCAACAGCAGCAGCGACCUCAGCAGCAGCGAUCACAGCAGGGAAGCCGGCCAAGCCCGAGCUCAUUGAGGUUUCGCCCAACGAAGACCAAGACUGGGAGAGCCUUCUGCUGCUUGUGCAAACGGCAGUCAGGACUGACGAGCGGUACAAGCCGCUCAAGGACCACGUCGUCCUGGGUCGCCUUACCAGCAAGGCGUUGUUGCGUCUUACACUGAGUCGCAAGGCGAACGCACAGUAU